AUGUGCUACCACAACCUGAUGCUUACAGUCGACCUCCCUUUGGCUCCAUACAUUCCCGAGCCUUUGCAUCAUCCGUAUCCCACCACAGUGCUGACCGAUCACAAAGUCAAGCUGGCAGCAGACGAGACAAAAAGCCUGGAGGAGGGAGAGGCCAAUGUGGAGCAGGCCAACGGAGUACCUGACAGCCCAGCAGGCAGGGAGUCCCCUGGGACACGCAGCAAGCUGGUGCGUGUUGAACUGGAGUGGGACAUCCCCAUGUCUGUGACGCUGCCCAUACAGGUGCAGCCUGACCCAGCACACCAGCCGUUCCCCUUCCUGGACACCACACUGGCCGACCUGGGCAUCCAAGAGUCAGAGGUGAAGGAAAGGGUGGUGUGGGUGGACACCAAGAAGACCCAGGUUAAGAACAAAGCAGGGAAGCUGAAGGAGAAAGAGAUCACCAUCCUUGAGGUGAGAGUGAAAGCUCAGAAGCCUGGAGACAAACAGCUCCAGGAGGUCCUGUACAGCACUGAGGCCCACACUGACCGCUCCUUCUGUCGCACAGGAAUGAACAUCCUGCCAUGGAAACACAGAUAUACAGGAGAGGAUGGGCUGACACCAGUGAAGAUGACUAUGGCGUUGGACAUGGAAAACCAGCAGCCUGACUUUACUGAGGCCCAGGGACAACGGGAGAUCUGAAGAGCAACAAAGAGUCAGCUAUCAUCCAAAACAGAGUGCAGUUUAAUGUGAAUCAACAAGCUAGCCAUUUAGGCUAACAUACAUGUUCAACUAGUCCACAGCAAAGCACUUUUUUUUUAACUCCAUUUUGAUUCCAAGAUGCAGGUUUGCAUUUAUUUAGAGGAUUCAAAGUGUCGUCAGUCUGCCUUUCUACACAGAGGCAAGGUUGAAUGGCUUGACAUUAACUGCAUGGCGAAACUUGCCAGCGUUGAAGCAUCUUGUUAAAUUUUUGUAGCAUUUGUAAAAAAUCUCUUGCACUUGUCAAAUAUGUGUAGUAGGAUACUCUGAAUAGAUUUUAACAGGCUGACCAGACAUAGCACCAAUAAAUGGACUGGGUACUGCUGCAUACAGACACAGACUGAGCUGCUAUAAGCAUUAACAAUAUAUCGACGGUGAUGCAAGUGCUGUUCUUUUUAUAACAACUGAGUGUGACCUAUUAGCUCAGUGUGUCCAUUUAGUCAGUGAUCUCUGGGGGCUCUCACUGUUGAAUUUCUGCCACAGCUCACACAACACACUGCUGCACUGCUGGGCCAUGAGAGAGCCCUUUGUACGCAGCUGAUAAAUCUCUGAGAGGCAAUGCAGAAAUUUAAAUCAAAAGUUUAAAGUCCAUCGGCUAACGCUGGGAGGUUGGAACAAAAUAAUUACAUUGUAGAUCAAUGGAGAUUAAAUUCAUUGCUUCACACUCUGAUAGCAAAGCCAGAAGUCAGUCCAAACAGUGGCAGAACAGGGACAGUAGCAAUUAACAGUAGCACUUAACAGGAAUAACAGGAAAACAAAAUACAAUGGUAACAACACAGGAUGGUAAACCGUAAGUCUUAAAAUAAUAAAACUUCAACAAAGCAAAGCAUGCAAAUAAAUUAAAAGUUAAUGCUCAGAGGCAUAACUGUUGAAUGCAAUAAUAAUUAGUAGAAUGGUUGAAGUGCUGUAGAUCAAUUAGAUCAAUUUGGGUCGUCACAAAUAACUGUCCCAUUUUCCACCUACAGUAUAAAAAUUCAUUGUUUUGGCUGGCUUUCACACAAGAGUGGAAGGAUGUGUGCGGGCUACGAGGCAGAGAUGGCUGCACUAAGUUUGGCCUGCUGCUCUCUGGGAAGUGGUGUCACAGCUGCUUGGAAGUCUGCAGAGUGUUGCUGGGCAAAUUCUUUGAUCAGCAUGACCAAAGUGUUCUGGGUUUCUGUGGAGGAGAGACAAAGUAAGACUUUUGGGAUGACAGAAAUACACUGAAGGCAGAUUAGUAAAACAGCAGUAUCACAGCAGAACGCUGCAGUGACAGACUGGGGAUGUUCAGUGAGGGGAAACAUUAAACCCAGUGAGGGGAAAAGAGUGUGUUAGCUUUGUUUUUCAGUAACUUUAGAUGCACAAAUAGCUUAAACACUAAGCAUCUAGCAUUCUGUUCAGUUUAAGUUGGUGCCUCUUUCAGUGCAAUCUAAGAAAACAAGCCACUGAAAAUGCUGCCUGUUACCAAAGAAAUCUUUACCUAUAUCAACGUUAUUGUUGCCAAGGACAUGACUGGAAGCUGCAACUAUGGGCUUCAUUAGCUUCACAAUCUGAAAGAAGAAAAAAAACAUUAAAAAUGAGUAUGGUAACAAUGUUAAAUAUUGCCGUACACGUCGAUAGACCAAAUUUCACAAUGUCCGAGAUACCACACAUUGUCAGGAUUAUAACUAAAGCAUCUGACGUUUGUUAUAACCGAUUGUUCUGAAUCAAAAUGUUGUCCUCUCUGUCUCUGUUAAAUUGCUGCGUUUGUCUAGAUUCUUUAGGAUUGUGUGAUAUAGAGUUUAAAUAAGCUGUAUGCAUGCAUAUGCUGUAGUGAUACUUUAUAAAACAUAAUAAAAUGUAAUAAAAUCACUGAUAAAUUGG